UUGAAAGACAGGUUUAGAGGAAACCCUAUCCAUCAAAGCGUCCCGGAGACGCGUUGCAAAAGGAGGAAUGUUAUUAUAAAACAGAAUCGUGAUAACGGAGCCUAAACGCAUUCUGCUCCUUUUGGGGUUUUUUUUUCCAUUUGUUUUAACGUUCAAUUAAAUUAGUAGUAAAUUAGUUUUAAUUUUAAUGUCAGUCCAAAAAGAUUCCACGUCAAACGGAUCUCCCUUCUCACAAGAAUAAAACUAUUUAAUUCACUUAGUUAUAAGCCAUUCCUAUUUUAAAAAAGGCAUGGCGUGGAAGGUCGGGCUCGUGCUGCUUAUGUGCUGGGGCUUCACCUCCAGCAAGCCCCACGAGGAACUACAGAGCUCCACAGAAUCGCCACCUGCGGACCUGAACAUGGUACCAUUGGAAACUUUGGAUUUCGGCUUCGUUCCGGAGGUGGGAUACGAAACGCAGACCCUCUAUGAGCCAGGAGCAAUCGGAAGUCUUUUUCAGUUGGUUCAUGCGUUUCUGUACAUGGUUCAACCCAAUCCUUUUCCAAAAGAUUUCAUUGUAAAGAUUUUGCAACAAAACUUGAGAGGAUUUAAUCCAGCUGAGCUCCAAAAGCCUGAGAACAUUGUUCUAACACUACAGGUGCUUUAUUAUGAGUUGGGCUUCCUUGUGCUGGUCAUGCUCGGUGUGCUGUUUGUGCUGCUUAUGCCACUGCUGGGCUGUUGCUUCUGCCUGUGCCGUUGCUGUGGGAACUGUGGCGGCGAGCUACACCAGCGGCACCGCAAGAAUGCCGACUGCUGGCGGAGCUUCCAUGCCACUUCACUUCUCCUCUCUUCCAUCUUCAUCGCACUGGGGGUACUGAUUGCCUAUACAGCAAACCACAAUAUCAGCACCAAAAUCAAAACCACAAGGCAUAUUGUCAACACCAACAUAAGAGACCUAAAAUUAUUUGCCAACUAUACACCAACGCAAAUAGAUUACCUGACUGCUCAAUACACAACAGCCAAGAAUAAGGUUCUUUCAGACCUAGACAAUAUUGGGCCUUUGUUGGGUGGACGGAUACGCAGACAGCUGGAAAAAGAAGUGGUGCCUGCUUUAGAUAAAGCUCUGCACAUGACUGGAGCUAUGCGGGAGACACGGGAGGCACUGGAGAGUCUGAGUGCGUCUGUGGAGGUGUUGCAAGAGGACACAGGGCAUCUUCAGAGGGCUCUGCAGUCCGAGCGCAUCUCACUCACCACCACGCUUAGCGAUCCCGCUUGCGAGCGGGGUGAGAUGGCCCGCACCUGCAACACCAUCCGGGCUGCACUGGGCCAGCUAGCCCUCAACUCCGACUUCAGAGGGCUACCUGAUAUCAACACCCAGCUAUCCAAGCUGGAAACGGUGAUGAAGACUGACCUCAGCUACAUCAUACAGAAGGGUUACUCUGCCUUUAACGACAUUCCAAGGGUAGUGAGCGAGCAGACAAAAGGUGUUAAUCCCAGAGUAAAGGCUUUGUUGGAUAAGUCAGGUGCAGAGAUAGUUAACUUUGUUAAGAUGUUCCCAGUGGAACCAGCUGUGGACAACUUCACCAAGUUCCUCGCAGAAGGCCAGAAGAAAAUUGAAGCAUACUACCCACAGAUUGACCAGCUCGACUUCUACCGAUGGGUAGGCUGCGUUGCUCUGUGCUGUGUGCUGGUGCUCAUCUUGGCCUUCAAUCUCCUGGGCUUGCUGUGCGGGACGUGUGGCUAUGAUAAGAAUGCUACACCCACCACGCGUGGCUGCCUGUCUAACAAUGGUGGCAACCUCCUCAUGGCAGGUGUUGGCAUAAGCUUCAUCUUUUCCUGGGUUCUCAUGGGAGUUGUGGUCCCCAUAUUUUUCACUGGGGGCAACAUGGAGAAGCUUGUAUGUGAACCACUGGGCAGUGCACAGCUGUUUGAGGUCAUAGACACGCCAUACCUGGUCCACCCUGGCAAAAAAAACUUCCUUCCUGGAUUGCUGUUUCAAGACCCUGAAAUUGACCUUACCAUGGGCAGCCUGUACAGAGACUGUUACAAGAAUAAUGGCAUCUAUGCAGCACUGCAUCUGGAGAACAAAUUCAGCUUCAGCAAGUUUAUCAACACCACAGUGUUUAAUGAUGAGCUCACUGAGAUAUUUGAAGGACUGAAUGUGGACCUGCAAGGUAUAAUAUUACUGGAGCAAGAAGGCAAAGACAACCUCAUCAACUUUGCUAACACAGGCCUCGGAGAGAUCAACUACCAGGCAUACCUCUCAGUGGUAAAUAAAGGAGUGACUGCUGGGGAUCUUCUCUCAUUCACAAAUGAACUGGAGACUCAAGCAGACCAGCUGCCCCGUGGCGCUCUGGCCAAUGCCCUGAGAGGUCAUGCCAGCAGCAUCCGACAUAUCCAUAAAACUCAAGUAGUACCCAAGGAGCAAGCUAUGAGUUCACUAAGUCAAAGUAUCAGGUUACUGCAGACCACCUCUAAAGAACUUCCUUCUAAGGUGACAAACGUGCUGAGUGCCAUUGAAGCCGUGGAGUAUCUUAUCACCAGCAACGCCACCCAUAUAGUGAAACAGGAGACUGAUAAAUACGUUAAGAACAUGUUGGGAUACUUCAGACAAUACACUCACUGGGUCCAACAUUCGUUAACAACAGAUGUAGCUCAGUGCAAACCCAUCAGCAACAUCAUAGACUCACUUGAAAUCAUUGGCUGCAGAUUCAUAAUAGACUCAGUGAACACAAUCUGGUUUGGUCUGGGUGGCUGUUCUUUGUUCCUUAUUCCCAGUAUCAUAACGUCUGUCAAACUCGCCAAAUUCUAUCGCAGGAUGGACACCGAGGACGUUUUAGAUGACUAUCCUUCAUAUGACACAAUGACACGGUACCCUCCGGCCUCUGCGCCGCCGAGACAGCUUGACUGGUGACACAUGCAAGCACAUGCACACAUUUACAUGCCAGGGACAUCCAACCCAGUUCAGUGCAAACAGUGGUCCUGAAACCUGGAGCUAGACCAGCCAUUAAGAAAAAGAAGAUAGGAGAUAAAGGGGAAUAACAAGGAUGGCUUCUGUAAAACCAACUUACACCACCUCCUAAAACUGUGACCUAUGGAAAACCUGAUUCUGUCACUGUAAUACGGUCUUGAUUUUAAAAUCAGUGAAAGACAACUGUAGUAGUUUCAGCCAUUUUAUAUUUCACUCCUGAAUGCUGGUUAUGUGGGCAUUAGUACUUAUAAUAGUGCUGAAACUUCCUGACCAUGAAUUUGUUUAAGACCUAUAGCUGUUUUUCAGAUUGUUCCUUCCCGGAAUGUUUCUGGAACAUUUGUACUUUUGCUAAUACUAAUUUUAUAAACCAUUUCUUUUAGUAAUUUUCAUUCAAAAAUGCGUAGAGUUGCUGAUCAUUUUGCAAGGAGCUUUCAGUAGACUAGCUUUUAUUAGGUUGGUUUUCUCGUAACAAAAUGUAAGUUUAACAUUAAUAGGCAAAGGUGUCGCAGAUCAAAGCUUAAUGUGAAAGUAUGGAAGAGAGAUUUCUAUGACUGGCAGCUGAGUUAUAUCUGGCUCCUAUAAUUCAGAGCAUAUAUAUAAAAGGUGUGUUAUAAUUGUUGUGCGUAGUCAGGUCCUUCUAAGCAAAAAAAAGUCGGUGAAAAAUAGUAUAAAAAUUUCAUAAAUAAUGGAAAAUAAAAAAUCCUUCACAUUG